AUGGCCCUCAACUACAUUGUGACAGCCUACAAGCCAACAGUGGUAACCCAUGCUGUAGUUGGUAGUUUCAUUGUUCCUACGGAACUAAAUUUAGUGCUAGCAAAAACCAAUCGCGUGGAGCUGUUUUUGGUCACACCGGAAGGACUGAAACCACACAGAGAAUGUCCAGUAUUCGGGCGCAUCGCAACAAUAAAACUGUUCAGGGCGCCGGGUGAGGAUGUGGAUAGCUUGCUAAUUCUGACAGCAAAAUACCAUUUGGCUAUAAUCCGUUGGACAUCAACAAGCGAGUUGCGUACACGAGCUUCAGGGCACAUUGUAGAUCGAGUUGGAAGACCAUCAGAAACAGGAAUGAUUGCAACUGUUCAUUCAUCCGGAUUGAUGGUGUUUCGUUUAUACGACGGUCUUCUGAAGAUAGUCCAAUGGAAUGAAGGGAAGGAUCUCCGUGGUUUCAACGUUAGAUGUGAUGAUUUGUAUAUCAUUGAUGUAGCAUUUUUGUCUGAUCCUGACCGUCCUACACUUGCCUACAUAUACCAGGACGAUAAUGGACGCCAUGUAAAGGUAGUUACUCUUAAUAUUGAUGAUAAAGAGCUCAGCUCACCUCUUUGGAAGCACGAUAAUCUCGAAGGGGAAGCGAAUAUGGUGAUUAGUGUUCCGGAACCUGUAGGUGGAUGUCUCAUUGCGGGUCCCGACGCUAUUUCCUAUCAUAAAGGAGGCGAGGAUGCCUUGCGUUAUGCAGGGAUGCCUGGAUCAAAACUUCACAACACUUAUCCAAAUUGUUAUGCUCCAGUGGAUCGUGAUGGACAGCGAUAUUUAUUGGCUGAUUUAGCUGGCAAUUUAUAUAUGUUGUUGUUAGAGCUGGGCAAAGAUCAGGAACAAGAUGAGAACUCAUCUAUAACUGUGAGGGAUAUGAAGGUCGAAAGCUUGGGGGAAACUUGUAUAGCGGAGUGUAUGUGCUAUUUGGAUAAUGGAGUCUGUUUCAUUGGUUCACGUUUUGGUGAUAGUCAGCUGAUACGUCUCAGUACAGAACCGCGAGCUGACGGCACCGGCUACAUAUCGUUGUUAGACAAUUAUACGAAUCUGGCACCAAUAAGAGAUAUGACAGUAAUGCGGUGUAAUGGACAGCAACAGAUCUUAACAUGUUCUGGAGCUUACAAAGAUGGUACUAUUCGUAUUAUUCGGAAUGGAAUUGGAAUCGAAGAAUUGGCUUCUGUAGAGCUAAAAGGCAUCAAAAACAUGUUUACUCUACGUACACGUAACCCUGAAUUUGAUGAUUAUUUAAUUCUCAGUUUCGAUAGCGAAACACAUGUUCUUUUUAUUAAUGGCGAGGAAUUAGAGGACACACAGAUAACAGGUUUCGCAGUUGACGGUGCAACCCUUUGGACAGGCUGUCUAUUUUAUAGUAAAACAAUUUUGCAAGUAACACAUGGCGAAGUAAUUCUUAUCAAUGAUGAUAAUAUUCAAGUAUGGAAAGCUCCCAAAUGGAUCACGCUUGUUGCUGUCAAUGAAAUAACUGGUCAGUUGGUGGUAGCCUGUGGAGCUGUUCUGAUAUAUUUAGAAGCAAAUUCUGCUGGUUUUAAAGUGAUCAGCGAAUUAGAAUGCGAAUUUGAAAUUUCUUGUGUUGACAUCACUCCUGUUGGAAACGGUACACAACGUUCCGAAAUUUGUGCUGUUGGUUACUGGACUGAUCUUUCGGUCGCGUUGCGUACUUUGCCGCAAUUGGCGGAAGUAGUGCGGGAAAAGAUAACUGGUGAUAUGCUCUCUCGAUCCAUUAUGUUGAGCCCAAUGGAAGGACAUGUUUAUUUGCUGGUGGCGCUUGGAGAUGGAACAGUGCAUUAUUUUCAGAUUGAUAUGAAAACUGGUGUUCUUUUGGAUCCAAAAAAAGCAACUCUUGGGACACAGCCAAUACAUUUGCGUAAAUUUCGAUCUCGAUGUUCUCCAAUUCAGAAUAUCUUUGUGUGUAGUGAUCGUCCAGCGGUCAUUUAUUCUUCGAAUCAGAAACUUCUAUUUUCUAAUGUAAACCUCAGAAUGGUUUCUACAAUGACACCACUUUGUGCAGAAGCUUAUCCAGAUGCCUUGGUACUUACUGACGGGCAUUCGUUGGUGAUCGGUAGAAUCGAUGAUAUCCAGAAGCUGCACAUCAGAACAGUUCCACUGGGUGAAAGUCCUUCUCGAAUUGCCUACCAGUCAGAAACAAAUACGAUUGCCGUGAUUGUUGAGCGGUUAGAGUUUGUGGACGGCAUGGGGAAACAUCAUUUUGGACAAUGUGCAUCAAAAAAUGCAAUGGAAACGUCAAGUAGUCGGUUGAGUUCCAUGAGGCGAGAACCUACUCCGGAAUGUUUGGCUGAGGAAGCGGAAGUCAGUUCAAUUUUGUUGCUGGAUUCCAAUACAUUUGAAAUAUUACAUUCUCAUGAGCUUGAAGGCAGUGAAAUGGCAAUGUCACUAGCUUCUUGUCAACUCGGAAGUGAUAGCCAACCGUAUUUCGUUGUAGGCACCGCAGUUAUCAUGUCUGAUGAAACGGAAUCCAAAAUGGGUCGUAUCAUGAUGUUCCAAGCAUCAGAGGGUCCGGAACGUAUGCGUUUGGUGUAUGAAAAAGAAAUUAAAGGAGCCGCUUAUUCUAUUCAGUCUAUGGAUGGGAAACUGGUGGUUGCAGUCAACAGUUGUGUUCGGUUAUUUGAAUGGACUGCUGACAAAGAAUUACGAUUGGAAUGUUCCGAUUUUGAUAACGUUACUGCAUUAUAUUUAAAGACGAAGAAUGAUUUAAUUUUGGUGGGCGAUUUGAUGCGGUCGCUUUCUCUUCUUUCCUAUAAAUCAAUGGAAUCAACGUUUGAAAAAGUAGCUAGAGAUUUCAUGACAAAUUGGAUGUCAGCUUGUGAGAUAAUAGAUUCUGACAACUUUUUGGGUGCUGAAAACUCGUAUAACUUGUUUACGGUAAUCAAGGAUUCAUUCACAGUGUUCAAAGAAGAAGGGACAAGAUUACAAGAAUUAGGGUUAUUUUACUUGGGUGAAAUGGUUAAUGUAUUCUGCCAUGGAUCUUUAACUGCUACGCAAGUUGAUGUGGCACCGCUGUAUCAUUCCUCGAUUUUGUAUGGUACUUCAGAUGGUGGUAUAGGAGUCGUUGUUCAAAUGCCGCCAGCGCUUUACGCAUUCCUACAAGACGUUCAGAAACGUUUGGCUGAGUACACAGAAAAUUGUAUGCGAAUUUCGCACACACAAUAUAGAACAUUUGAAACAGAGAAGCGAAGCGAAGUUCCAAAUGGUUUCAUCGAUGGUGAUUUAAUCGAAAGCCUUUUGGAUAUGGGCAAAGAUUCGGUGGAACACAUCGUUAACGGACUUAAAAUGCCGCUGUUAAACAGUACACCGGCCUCUGAAUCUACGGAGCUAGUAGAUGCGACAGCAGAAGAUGUGUUAAAACUCGUCGAAGAUUUAUCAAGGAUACAUUAG